AUGUCCUUUUUUAAAGUCGGAGUGACUGGCCUGGUGGGGGCUGGCCUUGUGGCCAGUGCUGCGCUAAGCCGUUCCGUGAAGCCGCGUGCCAAGAGGAACCUGGUCUCUAUGGCUGCGCGUGGCGGCGAGAGCUACGACGCUCUGAUGAAGGACCUUGAGACCCUUGUCAAAGAGAAGGAGUGUGGGCCCAUCCUUGUGCGACUUUCCUGGCACGAUGCCGGUGUCUUCUCCGACGGGAAGCUGAAGGGCGGCUGCCCCAAUGCCGCCAUGCGCUUCACUGAUGGUGGAGAGGGCACCUUCGGGGCGAAUGCCGGGUUGCCAGAUGUUGCCCUGGGACUCCUGAAGCCCAUCACUGAGAAGUACGUCCCGGGCACCAUUGGACAUGCAGACCUCUGGACCCUUGCGGCCAACGUGGCCAUCAAGGUGAUGGGAGGCCCAGAUAUCAAGACCCGUUUUGGCCGAAAAGAUGCGGAGUCCUCGGGUGACUCCGCCGAAUCUCAGGCUGGACGCCUCCCAGAUGGUGACAAGGAGAUCGACCACUUGCGGGAGAUCUUCCACCCAAAAGGCUUCACCGACAAGGACAUCGUGGCCCUGUCGGGUGCGCACACCGUGGGAAAGUGCCACCUGGAUCGCUCCGGCUUCGAUGGCCCCUGGACCGAGGCGCCCCUGAAGUUUGACAACUCCUACUUCAAGGAGAUGCUGGAGAAGAAGUACGAGGACGACAAGACUGAGAAGGGUAACCCCCAGUUCAAGAACAGCGAGACCGGCACCAUCAUGCUCAUCUCGGACCUGGCUUUGUUGAAGGACCCGGCUUUCAAGGAGCAUGUGGAGAAGUAUGCCGCUGACCAGGAUGCCUACUUCGCAGACUUCACCACAGCCUGGGUCAAGCUGCAAGAACUCGGUUGCUCAGGUCUGCGAGACAGCCUUGAAGCGAGGGAGAGCGUCAGUGCUUAA